AUGCAAAUCAAAGAUGAAGGAGCAUUGACGUUCCCUGGUAAAUUAAAGGGAGAUCCCAACAAAAGACCAAGAGACAAGUAUUGUCGCUUUCACCGAGACCACGGGCAUGACACAACCAACUGCUACGACUUGAAGCAGCAGAUUGAGGCCCUUAUCAGGCAAGGGAAGCUACAGAGGUUCGUCAGUAGGGAAAGAACCGAUACGCCGGAGGAACAGGCCCUACGACGGGAGAACGAACGCCCUAGACCACCUAUAGGGGACAUAAGAAUGAUCGUAGGGGGCACAGCUGCAGCCGAAUCUUCCAAGAAAGCCCGCAAAACCUACCUCAGGAUGGUCCAUAGCGUCCAACUCACAGGAUCCGUACCAAAGAUGCCGCGAAUAGAUAACCCCGUCAUAAAAUUUUCAGAGGAUAACGCUCGGAGACUUCACCAUCCUCAUGACAACGCACUUGUGGUCAGCUUGCAGAUAGGGGAUUAUAACAUGCAUUGGGUCCUCGUCGACAACGGCAGCUCAGCAGACAUCCUUUACUAUCUAGCAUUCUAG